AUGUACGCUGCACGCUCUCGAUACCAUGACAUGAUGGGCUCUGUGAAAGACUUUAUCAAGACUCACAACGUGCCUCAGGAUCUAGCAGAACGCGUAAUUGACUACGUCACCUCAACCUGGGCCAUCACAAAGGGCAUUGACACGGCAAAGGUAGAUUUUCGCCAAGUUAUUUAUACAUUCUCUGCUCCUUUCCAGCUUACAGUUAUUAUCAUUUAUGACGUGCCGACAGUUUACUCAAACAAACGAGUGGUUGUGUUUUAA